AUGGUGGAUGCGGCGGAGUGCGGGGUGAGAGUGAUGUGCCGCUUCAGGCCGCUGAACGAGGCCGAGAUCACCCGAGGAGACAAAUACAUCCCCAAAUUCAAGGAGGACGACACCGUGCUCAUUACGGGCAAACCGUUCGUGUUCGACGAGUGCUACCUCCAACACGUCGCAGGAACAGUGUACGACCAGUGUGCCAAACAGAUUGUUUCAGAUGUGCUGGGUGGCUACAACGGGCACCAUCUUCGCUACGGACAGACGUCCUCCGGGAAGACACACACCAUGGAGGCGCAAACUGCACGACCCCGCAGCCUGAUGGGAAUCAUCCCUCGAAUCGCCCACGACAUCUUUGACCACAUCUACUCCAUGGAUGAGAACCUGGAGUUUCACAUCAAGGUCUCUUAUUUUGAAAUCUACUUGGAUAAGAUCAGAGACCUGCUGGACGUGUCGAAGACGAACCUCGCUGUGCAUGAAGACAAAAACAGAGUUCCCUACGUCAAGGGCUGCACUGAGCGUUUUGUGUCCAGUCCAGAGGAGGUGAUGGACGUCAUUGAUGAGGGAAAAGCCAAUCGGCAUGUGGCAGUGACUAAUAUGAAUGAGCACAGCUCUCGCAGCCACAGCAUCUUCCUCAUCAACAUCAAGCAGGAAAACAUCGAGACGGAGAAGAAGCUGUCGGGGAAGCUCUACCUGGUCGACCUGGCCGGCAGCGAGAAGGUCAGUAAGACGGGAGCUGAGGGGGCGGUGCUGGACGAGGCAAAGAACAUCAACAAAUCUCUGUCAGCUCUGGGAAACGUCAUCUCCGCUCUGGCCGAGGGAACGAAAACCCACGUCCCGUACAGAGACAGCAAGAUGACCAGAAUCCUGCAGGACUCUCUGGGAGGAAACUGUCGCACCACCAUCAUCAUCUGCUGCUCGCCGUCCAUCUACAACGAAGCCGAGACCAAAUCCACGCUCAUGUUUGGACAGAGAGCCAAGACCAUCAAGAACACAGUGUCUGUGAACCUGGAGCUGACGGCCGAAGAGUGGAAGAAGAAAUAUGAGAAGGAGAAGGACAAGAACAAGAGCCUGAAGAACAUCAUCCAGAGGCUGGAGGCCGAACUCAACCGCUGGAGGAACGGGGAGAACGUUCCUGAGGAGGAGCAGCUGAGCUCUAAAGAUCAGAAGAACGUCGAGCCGAACGACAACACUCCCAUCAUCGACAACCUGCUGCCGGCCGGAGGAGGCGUCUCGGUCACCGGCGAAGAGAAGACCAAGUACGAGGAGGACAUCACCAACCUGUACAAGCAGCUGGACGACAAGGAUGAUGAAAUUAACCAACACAGCCAGCUAGCUGAGAAACUCAAGGAGCAGAUGAUGGAUCAAGAAGAGCUGCUGGCGUCGACGCGGCGCGACUACGAGAAGAUCCAGGAGGAGCUUUGCCGGCUGCAGACGGAGAACGAGCUGGCCAAGGAGGAGGUGAAGGAGGUGCUGCAGGCGCUGGAGGAGCUGGCCGUCAACUACGACCAGAAGAGCCAAGAGGUGGAGGAGCGAGACCAGACCAACCUGCAGCUGACUGAGGAGCUGCAGCACAAGUCGGUGAUGCUGUCGGUGGUUCAGAGGGAACUGAGUCAGCUGCAGGAGCUCAACGGUCUGCAGAGGAAGAGAGCCGCCGAGGUCCUGAACCUGCUGCUGAGAGACCUCAGUGACAUCGGCGCCAUCAUCGGCACCAGCGACGUCAAGACGGCCGCGUCUUCGGAGUCGAAGGGCAACGGCUCAGCGGUGGAGGAGGAGUUCACCGUCGCUCGUCUCUACAUCAGCAAGAUGAAGUCCGAGGUCAAGUCUCUGGUCAACCGCAGCAAGCAGCUGGAGAGCACUCAGGCCGACGCCCACCGCAAGAUCCAGGCCAACGAGAAGGAGCUGGCUUCCUGUCAGCUGCUCAUCUCCCAGCAUCAGGCCAAGAUCAAGUCUCUGACCGACUACAUGCAGAACAUGGAGCAGAAGAAGAGGCAGCUGGAGGAGAGUCAGGACGCUCUGACCGAAGAACUCGCCAAACUGCAGGCUCACGAGAAAAGACAUGAGGUGUCAGGAGACGAGAAAGAGAAGGAGGACAUCGGCAGACUGGACGGAGACGAGGACAUCAAGAAAACGCUGGAGGAGCAGCUGGAGAACCACAGGGAGGCUCAUCAGAAGCAGCUCAGCCGCCUCCGGGACGAGAUCGAAGACAAGCAGAGGAUGCUGGACGAGCUCACAGACCUGAACCAGGGUCUGUUACUGGAGCAGGAGAGACUGAUGUCGGAUUACGACAAAGUGAAGGCUGAAGAGCAGGAGAAGGACGCAAAGCUGCAGAAACUCAUGCUGCUGAAUGAACAACAGGAACAAGCCAGAGAGGACCUGAAGGGUCUGGAGGAGACUGUGGCCAAAGAACUACAGACUCUUCACAACCUACGCAAACUCUUCGUACAGGACCUCACCACACGGGUCAAGAAGAGUGCAGAGCUCGACUGCGAGGAAGGACUCGGCAAUGUUGCCCAGAAACAGAAGAUUUCCUUCCUGGAGAACAACUUGGAGCAGCUCACUAAAGUUCACAAGCAGCUGGUCCGAGACAACGCCGACCUUCGCUGCGAGCUUCCCAAACUGGAGAAGCGUCUGCGAGCGACGGCCGGACGAGUGAAAGCUCUGGAGAACGCCCUGAAGGAGGCCAAGGAGAACGCCAUGAGGGACCGCAAGCGCUACCAGCAGGAGGUGGACCGCAUCAAGGAGGCGGUGCGGGCCAAGAACAUGGCCAGGAGGGGAUACUCUGCACAGAUCGCAAAGCCCAUCAGGCCGGGUCAUCAUCCACUGUCGUCCCCCAUCUGCAGCUCUGUCAGAGCUGGAGGCAACGACACCCACAACAACUGAAACACAGCAAGUCACCCUACAGACCAUAAACAACUCGACGCAUGCUCGCCGUCCCACCUGGAACCACAAGCCCCGCCCCUCCUGCUGGAGCACCAAUGGGAGGCCUUCACAACAGUCUGUCAUCACUCAGAGAAGCAAACAUCCACGGUGUAAAUACUGAAACGAGACACUUUUCAUUUGGUGAGCGUCCAAACGUCAGAGGCCUCAUUUAUAAGGUUUGAAAUUCUGCUUUAAGGAGAAAACUGACGAAUCGGAACCAGUUUUUCUUCCGACUCUAUGACCGAUUAUUGUAAUUAUGCAACCAAACGGAGCGUAACAUUUAUAAAUGAGGCCCUGAGUUACUUCCUGAAGGAUUGAAGACACGAAAUAGAGGUGGAAAUCAGCUGCUGUGAAGUUUUGCAGGUGACCUGUUGAGGUUUGUACAGCUUUGCGGGAGAAGCAGACUUUGCAUUUAUAACCUUAAACCAGCGUUUGUUCAUUUAAAGGGAGAUUCUGACAUUUGAGGAAAUGUUUGCUUUCAUGCCACAACAAUAUUGACACCACUCACAUCUGUCCAUUCAUGGUGAAGCUACAGCCAGCAGCUGGUUAGCGUAGCCUAACGUAAUCACCCACAACUAAUGAAAAUUUAGGUGGAAACAGAUGGAAAUGAAAUGGAGACUUUGGGGCAACAACUUGUGAUACUGAAUGAGUCUGACUGAGGUGAGAUGAUACUGUCAACAUGUUUUUUUAACUAUUGUUUUUAAUAUGUUUUGCUAAUGUUAGCAUUGAGGGCUAGCAUGUUUAGCAUUGCUUGACAACCCUGUGCUGCACCAGGCACUAGAGCGAUCAUAGAGGCAAAUUUAUGAAUGAAAUACAGUUGGAUUUUUUUCUAUUUAUGGACAUAACUUAACUUGAUAUUACUAGACUGGAUCUCUAAACUCCUCACAUUGCUAAGCAAUCUAGAUCCGAUCCAGACCAAGAUACCAACAGAUUUCACCUCCAAAAACAACCUGAACUCUCUCAGCUUACAUUACUGGAGUUAAAAGUUGGAUUAUUUUACCUUUGCACAGAGCUAGGCGAGCAGUUUCUCUAUCUGAGCUAAGCUAAGCUAAGCAGCUGCAGGCUACAGCCUCUUUAAGAAAUGAUCAAAGCAGGGCCUCCAAGUUUCACACUUUGAUAAUGUUGCAGCUAGAGUUGUAGUUGAGUUGUAAAUGAAACUGCAGCUUGUUUGUUCCCGUUUCUGUACUAAUAUCUCUGAGCUUUAUCAGUUUAACAACGUCCCAGUUUGCUCUUUUGUCUCCCUACAGGUGACAGUAAUAAGAAACACUAUGAGUUGUGCUCAUAAUCGAUCCAAAUCUGCCUCUAAAGUCAUAUUUGCUGUCGUUUUACCGUCCAGGGACACUGACCAGCCAAUCAGACGAUCCCUGGACUACCAGAGCGGUGCUACAAUCAGGUUUUUAAAAAAUUAGUUUGGGGUUUGAAGUUUUGGAAAGUUCUGUCGUUGCUCUAAAGACUCCGAUCAGCCAGUCAGAGUCUUUAAGAGCAGAUUCAGAAUAAAACAUUUCUUUCAGCCCAGAAACCAAAAACUAAUCUUGAAAUUUGUGCCUUGACAAACACCAGAUUGACACGACUUCCACUGAGCACCUUCAGAGAGACUAAAUCAGCUCAUUUCUGUAUAUUUACAUGUCAGCGUUUAGAGAUCAACGGGAGCCCUUUACCUUUCUACAGAUGUAUUGUGUGCUGCUUUCCUUCAUGCUGCCGGCUGAGCAUGUUUCUGAAUGUACAUUAUUAUCUGUUUUGGUUGGACAAGCGGAGGAUUUGCUGCUUUCGUUCCCCCCAGAUGUUGUUAAUCUGAUUUGUUCGGUGUUUAGCGGUUUGGCUGCAGUCACUCUCUACACGACGAGUAAAUGAAUGUACCUGCAUGGACUGGAGCUCGUGUUAAAGGCAUGCUCAGGGAGGCCGGUUUGUAAACACGAUGCGUUUACCUCAUCUCGAUGUACAUUUUGACCUUUAGCUCCCUUGUUUCUUUCGGCUGUGGCGUCAUAUAUCCCAAUAUAACUGAUGCAACUAAAGCUAAUAAAGAUCUAUCUAUUUAA